AUGGCUCCUGCGGCCCACAAGGGUGUUGGACUGCUAGUCUACAGCACACCAAGGGAUUGGAGAUUACGUGGGCUUAAACGAAAGCGAGAUGAAGGUGCUGCAUAUCAGUCCGAUUUGCAAAAUGAGUUAUCCAAGCGUGCUCUUGCACUAGAAAAAAUAAAAACCAAGAAGCAAAUACGACUUGCUAACAAUAAUUUUAGGAGUGCAGUUGAGAGAUCGAAUAAUAUAGCGAAAAUUUGGAAAAUACAUAGCGAAGCAGCAGUAAAGAUUCACAUUGGCAUUGCAAAUGAGCUCACCUCUGAAGCGCCGGUAUUAUCAGAAUCAUCAUAUGACGAUCAGUGCAGAGAGGAAGAUCACCAAAAACAUGUUUAUAUGCAACAGUCCGAGGAGAUAAUAUCAACCGAGAUUCAAACUCUUUUGACAAAAAUGGAAAAAGCAAAGGACAAUCGUCUUUUUCAAUAUUAUAUUGUUAAUCUUGCCGAACAGAAUCUCGCAGAUGUGAUGUACACAAUCUUUACGGCUAGUGAUCGAGUGCUAAUGAAGAAACUUUGGAAAGAAAGAGAGCCGACCGUGGAACAUAUGAAAAGAACAUCGCGGAAGACUAAGUGGGAUAGGAUGAUCAAGCCUCUCGUAGAAAAGAACACAUCGGCAAUGAAGUGUUGGUCCGUGUUUGAUGACGAUGCUGAUUGUCUAGAUCAAGAGGUUAUUCUCGAGAAGCCGUUCGAUGGGAAGUUCGUAUUCAAAACACAUUACGAUCUUUUGUGGGUCCGUGACGUAUACCAGCGUUUCAUGUUAUUGUUUGCAUCUCCCAUAAACAUUUUACGAGAUUCCGCCACUUCCGAGAUCAAUUAUAGGGAAUGUUUUGUAAAUCCCAUUAUUGUAAAAGCCUUUGAUGAUUUAGUUGGCAAAAUUACUUUCAACAGCGGAGAGGUAGAAUGCGAAGUCCGUAAGCGACAACGAAAUGAAACUAACAGCCAGAAGACACGCGUAAACCUCGGACCUAAGCAUGAUGGUAUCCUGACAGUCCAUGUCAAUGCCAAGUCGAUGGAAGUAGGAUUCAUGGAGGUCGUUGGAAAUGCCGUAAUUGUUGAUCCCAAAAAGCGGGCAGGAGAUAGAGAGAAGCUUUUCAAAGCAAUGCAAAUAUCGAUAUUUUAUCAGCGUCAACAUCAUCAGGAACGUGGUGCGACGGAAGAUCAAAUAUUGAAUAUUCAGAGCUUUGGCAUUUUAGUAUAUCAGCGUGAUGUUGCCAUGUACAGUAUGCAUCGCACAAACGGCGGACUUUAUAUUACCGAUGUUAUGGAGAAUUUUACGAUACCGGACAGCGCCGACCAGGCAUACGUGUUGGAAGAAAUUGUGAACAAGGUCUACUUCUUCAAG